AUGGAGAUUUGCGUGCGCCUGAACGAUGAUUGCGAAAGCGACUACACUUUUCAAAUAAACAAAGAUGACACUUUUGAGUCGAAAAUCAUGAAAAUGUUCAACCCUAAAACUGGGUUGGCCAAAUUCAUGGUGUUGAGACCCUCUAUUUUCUACAAGCCCGAGCCUAAAACGCUGACCAAGUCGAUGCACCCGGGCUACUUGACUGAGAACGGGUGUCUGAUUUACCACUACGACUGCGACAAUAAGGAAUACCGUGAGAAACUGGACUUGAAGACCAAUAAAAUCUGGGAGCAAAUGUGGCCAGGCCAGUUGGUGCUGCCCCAAUGGGAGUUAUCGUACCGCAAUAUUGCGGCGUUUGUGGUGCUCAUGCUGGCGUGGCUGUACACGGAUCUUCCAGACCUGAUUUCGCCCACGCCCGGUAUCUGUUUGACAAACCAGCUAUCCAGAAGAUUGGCAGUGGUGGCACACCACUACAACUACAACGCGAUUUCUGAAAAACUUUUGGAAGAGACGCAAAUAAACUCGGCAGGCACGAUCGCGCAGUGGUUGUUUUUCGGAUUGCACUGCUUGAAAGUGCUGUUUAUCGCGCUGGUCUUGUACACGGGCCUUGUGAACCCACUAACGGUCAACCCCUUGCAGUUCUACCACACACGUAAGGCGGUGGUGUCCAAAAACACAGACACCUUGAAAGACACGCUGCGCUCGAUUGGAUGGAUUGGUGCGAAACGUGCAACUUACGACGACUACCGUGACACGUACUACAAUUACAGACUGGAAAAAGCCGGUGGUUUGGUGGCUGCGUAUAAGAGCGGGAUCAUGAAGCAGGCCUCGACGCCAGGAGUGGUGUUGGAGGCCGGUGAGGGCUUCCAGACGCCGCUUGACAAGCGGUUUACGGAGUCGACGUUCAAGACGAUGGAAAAGAGCCGCAAGUUUGUGCUCAGCGAGGAGUACCUGAUCCAGGUCGAGCAGGACCUUAAGGAGCAGAUCAAGGCCUUCGACGAGAAGGACGUUUACAAGAUCAACCAGGAGAUUCGCAAGUUCCGCCGGUACGGGUUUUUUGAAUGUGGGCCGCAGCUGGCGCGUCUGGUACAGCUGCGACAGGAGGUGGCCGCAGAGAAGGCUACCACGCAAUCUGCCGAGGAGAAGAAGGAGCAGUAG